AGACACGUCCGCACCGCACCAAUUCGCUGGAGAAGAAGAGGAAGAGGAUACUACCGUACACGCCUCAUUACGCCCAUCCACGUGCUCGCCUCUCCCCCAUCGCGUAGCUUUUCCUCGGCGUCAUCGCCAUCUCACCGGCGGCGGGCGUGCGGCCGGCGGCCGGAGGCCGGAGGCGAUGGCAAGCUCGUCUGUGGCGGCGGACAUGGAGCUGGACCGCCCGAACCUGGAGGACUACCUCCCGCCCGACUCGCUCCCGCAGGAGGCGCCCCGGAAUCUCCAUCUGCGCGAUCUGCUGGACAUCUCGCCGGUGCUAACCGAGGCGGCGGGUGCCAUCGUCGAUGAUUCAUUCACGCGUUGCUUUAAGUCGAAUUCUCCAGAACCAUGGAAUUGGAACAUAUAUUUGUUCCCUUUAUGGUGCUUCGGUGUAGUAAUUAGAUAUGGAAUACUCUUCCCACUGAGGUCCUUAACACUUGCAUUAGGAUGGCUAGCAUUUUUUGCCGCCUUUUUCCCCGUCCAUUUCUUAUUCAAAGGUCAAGACAAGUUGAGAAGUAAAAUUGAGAGGAAGUUGGUUGAAAUGAUGUGCAGUGUUUUUGUUGCUUCAUGGACUGGAGUGAUCAAGUACCAUGGACCACGCCCAAGCACACGACCUCAUCAGGUAUUUGUUGCAAACCAUACAUCAAUGAUAGAUUUCAUUAUUCUGGAGCAAAUGACGGCAUUUGCUGUCAUCAUGCAGAAGCAUCCUGGAUGGGUUGGAUUUAUUCAGAAGACUAUCUUGGAAAGUGUGGGUUGCAUCUGGUUUAACCGUAAUGAUCUCCGGGAUCGUGAAGUUACGGCACGGAAGUUGCGUGACCAUGUUCAACAACCAGACAACAACCCUCUCUUGAUUUUCCCAGAAGGAACUUGUGUUAACAACCAGUACACCGUCAUGUUCAAGAAGGGUGCCUUUGAGCUUGGGUGCGCUGUCUGUCCAAUAGCUAUCAAGUACAAUAAAAUAUUCGUGGAUGCCUUCUGGAACAGUAAGAAGCAAUCUUUUACGAUGCACUUGGUCCGACUGAUGACAUCGUGGGCCGUUGUGUGUGAUGUUUGGUACUUGGAGCCUCAAUAUCUGAGGGAGGGAGAGACUGCAAUUGCGUUUGCUGAGAGAGUAAGAGACAUGAUAGCAGCUAGAGCUGGUCUUAAGAAGGUUCCCUGGGAUGGCUAUCUGAAACACAACCGCCCUAGUCCCAAACACACUGAAGAGAAGCAACGCAUAUUCGCAGAAUCUGUCUUGAGGAGACUAGAGGAGAAAUGAGGAGACGCCAAACAAUACAAGUGCGUUUGGUUAGGGGUUUACCGUUCAGCUACCUUGUAAUUCGGUUACUAAAAAAAAAGUGAGCCCAGGACAUGCCAAGUGGCCAGCUCAGUUUUGUUGUAAAUUUUGUUAGAAGUUCGACAGAAUUAGUAUGUACUUACCAAGGAAGGGAGAAUACCUGCAUGUGUUUUGGCUGUUCAUUCUAUGAUUGAUUAGAAAUUGACACUUGGAACACGGUGCCCUAUUGAGAAUGCUGUGUCGGUAUUUAUGAACUGACGAUGUCAUGGUUUAAAUUCAUAUGAGUAUUGGUUUAAUAAUA